AUGCUAUCCCUUAGCAACGUGACUUCCUGGCUGGCGCCAUUACUCGACGCUAAUAGCUGGAUCAAUGGCUUUGGCGAGGUGCCUACACCGCAACGCGAGUUCUUCUACGUUGGCGGGGAGUAUCAGAACCUGUCAUACAUGGUCAACCAGAUCUAUGUUGAGAAGCUCACCCCAGCAAAGCCAACCCAAGACUAUCCCCUCGUGUUCAUGCACGGAACUGGUCAGACUGGAACAACCUUUCUCGAUACACCAGAUGGUCGACCAGGCUGGGCUUCGUUCUUCUUAUCGCACGGCUAUACUGUCUAUCUGAGCGAUCAGCCAUCGCGCGGUCGUUCUCCGUGGUUGCCGACUACAGGCACAAUGAAAUCUUCCAGCACGGCCCUGAUCGAGCAGCUGUUUACCUCAACGUCAUCGCAUAGUCUCUGGCCGCAAGCACGGUCGCACACCCAAUGGCCCGGGACUGGCAAAGCGGGUGAUCCAGUCUUCGACGCCUUCUAUGCGUCUCAAGUUCAAUACCAGGCCGACAACGUGAUAUCUGAAGCCGAAAACGCGAAAGCAUACACCGCUCUUCUCGACAAGAUCGGCGGUCCGUUGCACAUCAUCGCGCAUAGCCAGGCUGGUGCCUAUGGAUGGCGCGUCGGUGACCUCCGCCCUCAUCUAGUCAAGAGUAUCAUUGCACUUGAGCCCGCGGGCCCACCAUUCAUCGGAAGAAUCUUUGGAUCAGGUCCCGCGCGACCUUUCGGCAUCACUGAGCUCGAAGUCGCUUACGAGCCGUCGGCGGGACCCAAUGCGACGUACAUCCAGACUGUUGUUGUUCCUGCAAGAGACGUCAAUUCGAGUGAAUGUAUCAUGCAGGAUGAACCGGCGAGGCAUAUGGUGAAUUUGGCGCAGAUACCGGUGCUGACAGUGACUUCAGAGGCGAGCUACCAUGCGAUGUACGAUCAUUGCACUGUGGAGUACAUGCGACAGGCAGGUGUGGACGUGGAGCACAUGACGCUCGGAGAAGAAGGCCUUCACGGCAAUGGCCACAUGUUCUUCAUGGAGAGGAACAGUCUAGAGAUCGCCGAGAAGGUUUUGGCUUGGUUGCAGAGGCAUUAA